AUGUUUGGUGAGUCAUGGCGACGAGAGGAAGAAAAGGUCCACUUCUUUGAUGCCGAUCCAACGAUCUUUGCCGCGAUCCUCAACGCGAUGAGGCGGGGCCAUCCAGCAGAUGAAGUGUUCAAGCCCGUCAAUAAAACAACGGCGGCGUGGGAGAGGGAACUCGAUAACUGGGGUAUCGUCGCGCCCCAACCCACCGCCUCGGCCACGAUCUCCCACAAGGCGAGGCGCACCAGGGACUGCGCCAGGCUCGGGGGCUCCCCCGUUCAAGCCAAGGGACGACAAACCAUUCGAGGUCAAACUGGCGAUGCGGUACUGCGAUCUGCGGUCGAUGAUCUCUAUGCCGCCCGCCAGCACUUAUGGGUGGAGGAGGUGGAGGAACUGCAGGGGAAGGAACAAAAGCCUGAGUCAUGA